GCCACUCACAGCUGAGCUGAAAGCAAUAGCCUCAUUCACCAGCGUCACCACUCACAGCUGAGCCGAAAGCAAUACCACCAACCAGCUAGCUCAGCAGCUUGGAUUUACCAGCACCAGCUCCCAUGGCCAGCUUCGCCGCCCAGCUCCUGGACGUGUUUUACGACCUCGUCGAGCGCGUCACCGGCUACAGCGCCCGCGCCAAAGACGACAAGGAUCUACAGAAGCAUAGCAAGUUGGCAACUACGGAGGCUUUCCGGACGGGGGAAGUUGUCGAGAUCAGGUCCAGGAAAUCUCCCGGUUGUAUCAGGGGGGUCAGAGGGCCAGGUCAAUUAACCUGGAUGGUAUGUAGAGCCAGCCUCUACGUACGGCAGAGACAUCCGUGUGGUUUCUGAUAGGUCAUAGCCUCAAAAUGGUGUGCGGAGUGUUUCAGUUUGUUACAAUGUUCUAUCGUGUCUUGCUAUGUUAAUUAACUUCCUGAUCGGGGUUUAUGUGUGUUGUUCUCAUGUGCUUGUAACUUGAUGAACUUGCUUGUUAAUUUCUACCGAUCAAGUGUUUGUUUUC